GAGCUCUGCGGCCGGAAGUGCUUUGAGCCGGCAAGAUGGCUGCGUCCAAGGUGAAACAGGACAUGCCCCCACCUGGGGGCUACGGCCCCAUCGAUUACAAGCGGAACCUUCCCCGCCGGGGAAUCUCGGGCUAUAGCAUGUUUGCCAUUGGCAUUGGGACGCUGUUGUUUGGCCACUGGGGCAUGAUGAAGUGGAACCGAGAACGGAGACGUUUGCAGAUUGAAGACUUGGAAGCCCGAAUUGCAUUGAUGCCACUGUUCCAGGCAGAGGAGGACCGGAGGAGGCUUCGUAUGUUGAGAGAGAACCUGGAAGAGGAGGCUAUAAUCAUGAAAGAUGUUCCUGGCUGGAAGGUGGGCGAGUCUGUCUUCAAUACCACCCGUUGGGUACCUCCAACCGUAGGUGAGCUUCACGUUCUUCGGACUGAGGAGGAGCGGGUCAACGCUAACUAUGGCUUCAUAUGGUAUACCUAAGGAUGUGCCGAGGCCUGUACUUCCCUCGGAGAGAUUAAAGGUUCACUUGGAAAUCGG